CACAGGGAAAUGCCUGCGAUAAAACUCUUCGGCAGAAAAUGGCUAGCCGCGACAGAUGACCUUGUUUAUCCUGGCCUUUUUGAAAUUUUUAUCCGUGCCGUUUGGUUAAUCUUGAUUACAACUGCUUGUAUCAGAUAUUACGCGUACACAUGGAGAUGUCAACUGGGAGGAGAGCUGGUUCGCGUGUACCUCAUAGGAGAGCUAGUAUUCCUCGUCACAUCUAUACUUUUCAUACUUAUUAUUGCAAGACAAAGCGCAAAAGGAACUAUAAUGGAGGCGCGUGAUCGUAAAUAUGUCGAGCCACUUUUGACAAUUAAGAUAUUAUUGCUCCUACCGGAGAUAGCGUGGAACGUUUUAGGAUGUUUAUGGAUGUUCGGACCGAACGUCGAGUGCGGUUACGAACACUACACUGUCACAGUUGUUCAGGCGUUAGUGUUUUUCGAUUGGAUUCUUAUAGGCCUGACUAUUUUUGGUCUGGCAUUGAUCUUCGAUCCGUUAGGCUCGUUAGGUGACAAACAGCUAGAAAGUACAGCCGAACAUGGCAAGAUCUCGAGUAUCUGGUUUCGGAGAUUCAGGUUUCUCUGGUGGAUGCGAAAAGAUGAAAGCGCUAAUGAAAUUUUUCAACAUGCUGCUGGUUUGCUAAGUGCUUUGUUUCGUGGAACAGAUUUAGUUCCUUCAGAUGUGAUGGCAGGAUGUAUUCUACUGAGAAUUCGACAGAAACGGGAGACUCAUGAAUUACGCUUGCUAAAUCUCCUUAUUCGUCCGGUGUACACUCCGAACGCAUCCAUCAUUUUUAAAGAUACACCAAGUUGGAUGUCCUUGGAGAAUGCGGUUCAUUACAUGAAACUUUCUAUAGCCUGUUACGGAUGGUUAUUCGUGCUCUAUCAACACAUGUGUACAGGAUGCUGUCACAUUAUGCAGAAUUUGACUUGUUGCGCUUGCUUUCGAAGGAAGCGUAUUUCAAUUAGCGGUGACAAUUGUUGCUACUGUUACUUAGCUGGUGUGAAAUAUUUAUCAGACAUAUCCACGGAUAACAUUUUGUUUGCGUCGUUUAAAAAUCACUUAUGCGAGAUACCAUUUUGUGUGAUUAACGAUCAAGAAACGAAUAAUAUUGUCAUCGUUAUACGAGGUUCUCUAUCGUUACGUGAUUUACUCACUGAUAUUGCGGCAGAUUCUGAAGUCUUUCCAUGCGACGAUCUUCCGCCGGGUUCUCAGGCACACAGGGGUAUGAUAACAGCAGCUAAGUCGAUUUUAAAGCAAUUGGACGAUAAUCAAAUUUUAGAACGGGCAUUCAGUACGUACACUCAGCACAAUUUAGUGAUCACAGGUCACAGUCUAGGUGCUGGCAUAGGUAUUCUCCUAGCACUCCUAUUACGCCCACGAUAUCCAAAUUUAAAAGUCUAUGCAUUCGCUACACCAGGGGGUUUACUCUCUAGAGAAGCGGCUAAAGUAACGGAGGAAUUUGUACUAACGAUAGGAGUUGGAGAUGAUUUGGUAAUGAGGUUAAGUGUUGACAGCACAGAAAACCUAAGAACAUCCUUACUUUUGACGCUUCGUGCUUGUCGAUUACCCAAGUAUAGAGUGGUGCUAAACGGAUUAGGUUACAUUUUAUUUGGUAUUCCGGAAAGAGACCUUAGCAAAACGUGGACUAACUGCAAUGUAAUAACUACCGCAACGGGGGAAUCCCCUUUACUCAAUGAACGAGAUAUCAAUAGAAUAGAGGAAAAUAAAAUAUACGAACAAGAUAUUACGAAAAGGAGGUUCUCCAGAGUAAAAUUAUACGUAGGAGGUAAAAUUCUUCACAUAGUCAAAUGCAAACCUGAACGGUCAGAAGAAAAAAGCAACAAAAAGCAAAACGUGAAGGAGAAAAAAUAUGAAAUGCGAUGGGCACAACCGGAAGAAUUUACAGAAUUAAUGGUGGUACCACGGAUGUUGUUGGAUCAUUUACCGGAAAAUAUAGAAAAAGCUCUCAGCACAUUAUUGGAGCAACAGAAUAAAAUACCGUAUCACUUUGAUCCUUGAAUAAAUCCAAAGAAAUGAUUUCAACAUUUCAGCAAG